GCCAUCUUUGCAUGGAGGAUCACUUGAAAUUUGGCUUACAGUCCCUUUAAAGAGACUUGUUAAGGAGUGUCGUGUGUCGAGUAGCGUAGAACAAGAACUGAAUCCAAGUAGAGGAAUUCUCAAACAACGUGGCGGGCAGAAGGGUUUGGGUAAAAGUAAAUCUGCAUCAGGAAUUAUUUCUCUUAAACCUGUUGAGAAUGUGAAGAAGAAGGCUCGAGUAAGUUUUGGAGAGAAUGAUAUACGCUGUGUCUCUCCCCUUCCCGGUAUCAAAUCUAGGCUUGGAACUUUUAGAACUGGUGCAGAAAGUGAGGAUGAAAUGUCUCCAGUAGAUCUCCGACAAACCCUGAGUAAAUCCUACGCAAAGAGUAUCACAGCCUCUCCGAGUUCAAGUUUAUCUGGGCAAUCCGUCCCAACCAAACCUUCUCCUAGUCUCAGUACUUCAUCAUCCCUAGACUCACAGGGCGUUGAACCGAUUUCUAGUGUUAAGAAGAAAUAUUUUAUCGUGAAAACUAUGUCGGACGGGUCGAAGAGCAAGGUUGAGGUUGGGGCGGACCAUCCUUUAAUAAUGAAACAUCGUCUGGUUAAACCUGAAUCUAUUCAAACUGCUCCAGCAAAACAGGUUCGCCGUGAAUUAUCUCCUAUCCAGUUGACCGUAAAGCAGGAUAGCAGUUCACGCCCAGCUUCUCUUUCUAGACAGAUGAUGAGUCAAACCGAGCAGCCAGCAAGAAUGUCCAUGAAGGUUCAUGUAGACCAGGAGAGGUUAAGGGAGGAUACAAUCCUCUCCAGGGAUAGGAGAGGACAAGGGGAGGAUAUCUCCAGAGGGACCAGGGUAACCGAGAAGAUGGAUGUGAGGCUGGAGAGGACGGUUAGAGGUUUAGAGAGAGAGAGUGGAGGAGGAAGAGUCUUCAAGCAGAUGAGGAUGGAUGAGGAAACAGAUGAAGAUUCAUUUCAAACCCUCGCCGCCCGAGCCAGUAAACUUCAGCUAAAAAGUCGGGAUGAGAGAAUGGAUCGUUCUCCGGACUCUGAGCUAGAGAGAAGGAGUCUUAGUAGAUCCAGAUCGAACCCGGAGAUAUCCAGAACUAGUAGUCAGAUAUCCAGAACAUACCCUGAGAUAUCCAGAGCCACUCAAAUAAUAUCCAGAUCGUCGUCGCCGGAGGACGAAUACAGAUCUCAUAUGGCGAGGUUGGGUAGAGAGGACGAAUACAGAUCUCCUAUGGCGAGGUUGGGUAGAGAGGACGAAUACAGAUCUCCGAUAGCAAGGUUAGGUAGGGAGGACGGAUAUAAGGAGGAGAAGCUGCGGGUUGGACUCCAGGUUGAACAGUCAAGGAAAAGAAGAUCCCAGGAGGAUUAUUUAGAGGAUCCCCGGUCAAUUAUGAAAAUACGAUUAACCGAGUCAUCUAGGGAGAUCGAUGAUCUAGAACUGGUAGAACGCAGGGUUGCGCUCAAGGAGCAGAGAAUUCAACGCCUGGAAAAGGAAACUGGAUUCUACAGUGAAACUAAGGGUGAAAGGGGCGGAAGGGUGGAGGCAGGGAGUGGAAGAAUGAAGGUAGGGAGUGGAAGGAUGGAGGUAGGGAGUGGAAGGAUGGAGGUAGGGAGUGGAAGAAUGGAGGGGGGAAAAGGAAGAAUGGGGGUGAGGAGACGAGAAGACGAAGUAAAGUACUCUCCACGUGCGACUAGUUCUGAUGGAUACGAUGAUCUGAUGUAUAAUGGAGACAGGAACCAGGACGGUCGAGUGGGACGAGGAACUAUGAGAGCAGAUCAACUCGUCCUUCCCGUCGGAGAAAGAUUAUCGAAAACUAGAGAACGGAGUCGAUCUCCGGUUGAUGCACAUCGUCGCUACCGGUCCCAGGAGAGAAGAGAGGAGGGAAGGUUGGGAAGAGAUGAAGGAACUGGUGUUAGAUCCAGGCUAGGGGGUAAACUCCAGAUCUAGAGCCAAUUUAGGGAGUAAAUUCUAGAACUAGAUCUGGGCUAUGAAGUAAACUCAAGUCCGAGAUCUAGGCUAGGGAGUAAACUCUAGAUCAAGAUCUAGUCUAGGGAGUAAACUCAAGUCAUAGAUCUAGGAUAGGGAGUAAUCUCAAGUCCUAGAUCUAGGCUAGGGAGCAAACUCAAGUCAUAGAUCUAGGCUAGGGAGUAAUCUCUAGAUCUAGACUAGGCUAGGGAGCAAACUCAAGUCCUAGAUCUACGCAGGAGUUUAAUCUCUAGAUCUAGACUAGGCUAGGGAGCAAACUCAAGUCCUAAAUCUAGACAGGAGUUUAAACUCUAGAUCUAGGUUCUAAAACAUUUAUUCUACAUAAUACUAAACUUUAAUUUUGUUAUGGUUUCGUCAAUAAAAUUUUAUAAAUUG